CUUUCGUCGGUCGGCUCCCUCGCAGUUCUUGUCGGCUGAAUCGCGCAAAAUGAGUUCCUCCACCGCUGCCAUUCUAUACUCCCUCACGGUGUCGGUGCCUCCUGUCUCCGCGAGCCCCGACGAGGCGAAGGAGAAAAGCCAUCAUGCCUCGAAUGGAUAUGUGAAUCCCUGGGACUCCUGGUCGGGAGGCCCGACUUUCCACAACAUGAUGAAGUUCUUCGGUCGCCACCUCACAGCAAAGGGCCAUCGCCCAGACACCACGCCCCCGACAGUGCCAGUCCAAAAACCCGAAUUCCUGCCCUCACGGGAUACCCCCGGACUGCGCGCAACGUGGCUCGGACAUGCCUGCUACUACGUGGAAUUCCCCGGCGGGCUGCGGGUGCUGUUCGACCCUGUGUUUGAGGACCGGUGCUCUCCCAUCUCGUGGCUCGGUCCGAAGCGUUACACCGAGAUGCCCUGCGCCAUCAAGGACCUGCCGACCAUCGACGCCGUCGUCAUCUCGCACAACCACUACGACCAUCUCUCCUACCCGACCAUCAAGGAGAUCGCCCGGCUGCAUCCCAACUGCCACUUCUUUGCGCCCCUCGGCAAUCGGCAGUGGUUUGUGGACUCGGGCAUUCACAACGUCACCGAGCUCGACUGGUGGGAGCAGCGUGAUAUCUCCCUGGCUCCGGUCAAGGAGGCGACUCCGGAAGUGAGCCCGGCUGGUGCAGCGCCCUCUACCACCGGUGCUAAUGCCGAUAUCCACGCCCGCAUCAGCUGCUUGCCCUGCCAGCAUACCACCAACCGGGGGGUGUUUGAUCGCUGCAAGACGCUGUGGGCAUCGUGGUCUGUAGAGUCGGGAGGCCGCAAGGUAUAUUUUGCUGGCGACACGGGGUAUAGAUCGGUCCCGGACCUCCCCGAAACCGCCGACGACCACUCAUCCGAAUACACGUAUCCGUCAUGUCCUGCCUUCAAACAAGUAGGCCAGCACCGGGGUCCGUUCGAUCUGGGCUUGAUCCCCAUCGGAGCCUACAAGCCUCGUUUCUUUAUGAGUGCCAUGCACGCCGAUCCUCAUGACGCCGUCCAGAUCUUCCAGGAUACACAGUGCCGCAGGGCCUUGGGCAUGCAUUGGGGCACGUGGGUCCUGACUGAGGAAGACGUUCUCGAGCCGCCGAAGCUGCUGAAGGAUGCGUUGCGGAAGCAUGAGAUUCCAGAAGAGGGGGUCUUUGAUGUGUGUGAUAUUGGGGAGAGUCGGGAGUUUUGACCUUGAGGGGUAGACUGGAUGGGAAGGGUGCUAUCUCAGC